UCCGCCGACAGCACUCGGCCAUAAGUGACACUCUGGGAGGGGAAGCGGUAUAAACUGUAAGCUGCUGGGGGAUCCAUCUUGCCUGAAAAACAGACCGGAGUGAAGGAUUUCUUAGUUUAGUGGCUCAGAAACUGUACCGUUCCCCAUUAGACGCGCUGGGGAGCCCGAGGAGGGGGCUGUGUCGCUGUUUGUAGGAUGUCCCGACAUGAGGGUGUGAGCUGUGAUGCAUGUUUAAAAGGCAACUUUAGAGGGAGACGGUUCAAGUGUUUAAUUUGCUACGACUACGAUCUGUGCGCGUCGUGCUACGAGAGCGGAGCCACAACAACAAGGCACACCACAGAGCACCCCAUGCAGUGUAUAUUAACCAGGGUAGAUUAUGAUUUGUAUUAUGGAGGAGACACCUUUUCAGUAGAGCAGCCACAGUCGUUCACAUGUCCUUACUGUGGCAAGAUGGGCUUCACAGAGACAUCCCUACAGGAGCAUGUCACCUCAGAGCAUUCAGAGACUUCCACAGAGGUGAUCUGUCCAAUAUGUGCUGCCUUGCCAGGAGGGGAUCCCAACCAUGUCACAGAUGACUUCACAGCUCACCUCACUCUCGAACACAGAGCGCCAAGAGAUUUAGAUGAGUCCAGCAGUGUGCGGCAUGUACGCAGGAUGUUCCACCCUGGACGAGGACUGGGCGGCCCCAGAGCACGACGGACAAAUAUGCACUUUACUAGCGGCUCCACAGGAGGACUUUCAUCCUCCUCAUCACAGAGCUCCACGUACACCCCCAGUAACAGAGAAGCAAUGGACCCGAUUGCAGAGUUGUUGUCUCAGCUGUCAGGUGUGCGGCGUGCUGCAGGGGGGCAAAUCAACUCAUCGGGGCCUUCAGCCUCUCAGCUUCAGCAACUCCAGAUGCAACUGCAGUUGGAGCGGCAGCAAGCUCAGGCGGCACGACAGCAAGUGGAAUCGGGCCGCCACGCAACACGUCGCGGCAACAACCCGGGCAACACUGGCACUGCCGUCCCCCAACCUAGCACAGCAACUGCCAACACCACCACUGUGGGUGAAAGCAAUCCGUCGUCCUCAUCCCACAGCUCCCAGUUCCUAUUAGCACGGUUGAAUGAACCUAAGAUGUCCGAAGCAGAGCGGCAGUUCCUAGAAGGCGAGCGAGCCGACCGCAGCCUGUUUGUCCAGGAGCUGGUUUUGGCUACGCUGAUGCAAGAAGAGAGCUCCUCCUCUGACGAGGACGACCGCCGAGACUUCGGCGACUUCGGAGCGAUGGGCUGCGUGGAUAUCAUGCCUUUAGAUGUGGCGUUGGAGAACCUCCAGCUUAAAGAGAGCAGCUCUAUGGGGAAGGAGCCUCCGCCGCCUCCUCUUUGAUGUCCGAGCAUCAAGCAGACUGUGUCCUCUGUGCUGCAUCUGUCAGUGAUGGGCAGCAAACAGCAGCAGCAGCAGUCCUCCCUGGCCUCGCCCUUUUCUCCCCCUCCCCGGUUUUCUGAGUUUGUUUUUGGUGAUUGUAAUUUCAGGCCCGUCACCACAUUUGUUAUAUUGUAAACAAAAAAAAUAAAUAAAUAAACGAGAGCAAGUGGGAUAAAUGUGAGAGAGCGCGACGUGAGCGAGAGAAGAGAAAUAUAUAAAUAUAUAUAAAAUAUAUAAAGUUGAUAAUCAAUCCACAUUACUUUUCUUUUAUCAGGUAAAUGUUACAGGCAGCUGUGGCCGACCUUUGCUUCCUGUGACAUUCAAAUGGCUCUCCGUAUAAAUACUCCACAUUCAAAAAGUGAAGAGGGCACAGGCUCCUCUGAUGAAGCUGCUGUGUGUGUGUUUAUGACUAUUAAUAAAUAAAGUGCUUGGAUGGGUGACCAUUAACUACUGCAUGCAGUUAUUUGCAGCGUGCAUGACUUAAUGACCCUGUCAUUAAAACCUUUUUAAAAAUCCCAAAGCUCACAAUUGUUAAAUGAUUAUUUCUAGGGAUGCACUGAUUGUUCGGUUUGUUUUUUUGCUUUCGAGCUACAGAAAUGAGGAAGAGUAACGUCACCUAACAGAUGAACAUCAGCCACUGCCAUCUUAUUAAGGGAUAGCAGGCAGAAGUGCAGACACAUCAGCGCAUCCCUAGUUAUUUCAAACGUGGUUAAGUAUUAAAAGUGUAAGUUUGCAAACUGACAAAGAAAUUGAAAUCUGAGAGUAUAUGUUGAGAGGUUUUCUUUGAAGAAGUGUUUCUAAAAAAGGGGAGAAGUGAUUCUGCUGCAGCGUUUCGCAGCCCCAGUCUUGCCUUUUUGGUGCGUCUAGAAGCAUCAAAUGAAAAUUAAGGACAGAAGAAAGGCACUCCCCUCUGAUUUUUUUUUUCUAGAUAUUAAUGUUUAGUUAUAAACUUAAGCCACAGUAUACUUUUCAAUUUAUAGACGAGUACAGACGCCCGACUGGCUCCGUUGUCCCUGCACAGGGUUCACACCAGUCCACCUGCUUCUGAUCAAUAUUUUUGCUAAAUAUCAGGACCUGGAGACUUUUCACAAUGCAGUUUUUUUUUUUUUCCUCAAAGUUUUAAUUUAACACACUUUCUGCUAAAAGUAGCACCUUUUAUUUAUUCAUGUUUGUUUUCUGAUUCUUCAGAGCCUUGAUGUGGAUCAUGCCACCUUCAUGCCUAUACUUUCACCCUCUCUGUAAAAUGCAAUGAGAUGUAUAUUAAAUUUGUUGGUUAACUUUCAUAACGGUUCUAAGACAUGGGCAGAAUUUUUUUUUUCU